AUGAGGGCCCAUUCUGAGAUUCUCUUGUCAAAGUGUGCCCAGUUUCGAAAACAAAGUGAAUUCAUUGAUGUUUAUUUAAAAGUGGGCGAAGAAAUUUUCUCAGCACAUCGCAUUGUGCUCGCUGCCAGUAGCGAUUAUUUCCACGCCAUGUUUGCUCGUGGAAUGAAAGAGUCGAACCAGGAAGUGAUCGAGCUCAAAGACGAAGGCAUUUCAGCAGCUGCCUUGAAGGUCGUGCUGGAUUCCAUCUACAGCGGAAAUCUUCAAGUCGACGAUGAAAACGUUUUUGAAGUUCUUGUCGCAGCCGAUCACCUCCAAGUUACAAGUGUUGUUCGACAGUGUUCUGAUUACUUGCAGACCCAGUUUGUUGAUCAGCUUCGAUUUGAUGUGCAGACGUAUUGUCGCCUCUCCAUGGUUGCUGAUCGACAUGGUCUAAAAGACCUUCAAGAAGCCACGCAGACUAAGAUGGCCUACAUUUACAAAGAAAUCUGUGAAAGUGAAGAAUUCUUGUCCCAUGUGGAUGCUGAUCAGUACACUCGCCUUCUCAGUAGAGAUGACCUCAGCGCUCCUUCAGAGACAUUCGUCUUCAAAUCUGUGAUGCAGUGGAUUACACACAAGAAGGAAGAGAGGAUGCCAAUCGCAGCCAAAGUUAUCGGAGCGGUUCGUCUAGGGUUGGUGGAUAUCAAUGACUUGACUGAAGAACUCGACACAGAAGAGAUGCAACGAGUGUCAGAAAUUCAUAUGCUUCUCCAUGAAUCGCUGUUACGUAACAUCAGACCUUCAAACAGUUCCAGGUUUGCCGUAGAGAAAGCAAAACUACGUUCAACGGAUCCCGUAAGCUUGAGUGUGUUUUUUAUAUGUAUGUACAUAUAUAAGCGGGCAAGACGUAGAUAAAACCGUAGAAGUACCUGGUAAUUGUUAAUUGUUAACGCGCGCGCAUAUAUUAUAGUCCGUUGGUUACGAGUGCUCACGUGUUGUGUAUCUUUAAAGUAGAAUUACGCGGAUUUGUAACCAUUUUUACAACCCUGAUGAAGGCUGUUGAAUGCAGCCGAAAUAUAGGUUCAUCUUGUUAUGAAAAGACACAAUAUUUAAAAGACACACCGGAAAUGGUACUGCUUACUCAGUAAAUUUCGGCAGGAUUGAACUAUGAUCGGCAGCGAUAAGCGGUUGGGUUAAUCAUUGUACUAGGCUUCAUUUCUGCCGUCUCCAGGGUCCGUGCGGGCUCAUUUUCUCGAACAGCGGCUGAUAAUCGAGCCUAUCAUUGUACCAGCUAGUCUACAACGGCUUUUCUGGUGAUAAGCUGUCUUUUCCAUGGAAAAGGAGUACAUCUCCCAUUCCUGAAGGCGAUCUUAAUAAGCGAUAAAAGGAUAUUGUUAAAAGAGAAAUGCAUUUACUACCUUAGUUAUUAGUACUUUAUUUCGCGGGGUUUUAUUUUUGCGAUUUGGCGAGCAAAUAUGAAGAGAGGGCAUUGAAUUUCGCGAUUUUUAAAGCGAUGAAAAAGUCUCAACCUUUACAAAUUUUUGAAUGAACUGGAACAAGCAAAAUGUGAAAUCUUUGCAACCUAAUGUUAUUUUAAAAUUUAAGACACAAAAAUGAGUAGCAGUUUGUGUUUGUCUAAACAUAUCCUGUAUAUUUUGUUCCUUUAAUUACAUGUUCAUUGUGAUUUAAAUUUUUUCAGUUGAUAUGGGUCUUAAAUUUCGCGAGUCUUUGAUUUCGCGAUUUUAUACAAUCGCAAAAAACGCGAAAUUUAACGCCCGCUAAAUUAAGUACCAAAAAGGUAAAUACAGCAAGACAAAAAUGAUUUGUGUAUACUGUUAUUUCCUCGUUGACUAACAGAAAUUGUCUUUUUUUCUUGUUAUUCUAGGUCAUUGUUGCUGUUCUUCCUCAGACCCAUAUGUUGUACUUUGAUGUUAAAAAAAAGGUUUGGAAGCAGCUUUCAUCUUUAGCACCAGCACCUGAAACAAAAAAUUGCUACUGUGCAGAGAUUGUCGGCCGUGAGUUGUUCGUUUCUGGAAAAUUCCCGGAUGGGAGAUCCUGUGUUCACUGUUAUGACAUAGAAACAAAUAAGUGGCACACUCACGAGGGUAUUCCUCCAUACCCAGAAAUCAGCACACUAUGCGUUGUAAGCGACUACAUGUAUGCACUGUCUUGGGAUUGCAGCAAGCUACCGCAAAAGUAUAGUUUUGCAAAACACCGGUGGCAAAGUUUCUCUAAAAGUUUCACAAAGAGUCCUCCCCACUACCCUUAUUUUAACAGUGCCACGAUACAUCACCAAAAGCUGUAUGCACUUUAUGGGCAUAGACAGAUCAACGGGGCCCUUUGGCAGAUGCAAAAUGCAACGCUUCAUUGUUUUGAUCCGGUGAGCGAUAUGUGGCAAGAAAAGUCUUCAACCUGCAACCCUCACUUUGGGUCCAGUCUCUUUGUGGUGAAUGAUAGACUCUGUGUAGCAGGGGGUCUUGCUGCUACUCGUUUGGAUAACACGAUAUGUGGUGAGCAAGCAACUGUAGAGGUUUAUGAUGAAGAAAACAAUAAAUGGUCCGUUGUUGAACAAAACCGUAUUCCUCAAAAUAACCUUGGUGCAGUGGAAAUAGAGGGGAAGGUUUAUUUCAUCAUCAAUAAAUUUCCAAUUGACAGUGGCAUUAGGAUCCCACCAGGAAAGGUGUGUCCGGUAAAUCUGGGCGACUGGAAAAAUUUAGGAAACGUUGACAAAAAUGCAGCUCUUUGUUACGUACCUUUAAAGAGGGACAGCGUUAAAAUGACUGAGAAUACUUAG